AUGGAAAAUCCCACUCAGCUUCUCCGGGGCUGGUCCCCGCAAAAAGGUAAUCCCGUGGAGAAGAAAAAGCUCAAAAAGGAGGAUAAAGGCAUCCUGAAGGUGUCACGUGGAAACAUCCUGGAAGAUUCCCUUAAAUGA